AUGGAAGCCCAGCGGAGUCGCCUGCUGACCACAGCUCGUCCCUAUCUUCAAGUCUUAUCCUUUUUUGGUCUUACACCCCCAGCAGAAUUCUUUACCAGGACGCUUCACAAGCGACGCAGGAGCUGUUGGAUUGCAGGAUAUAGUGUCUAUUUAAUUGCAAUUCUAGUGAUAGUGUUCUAUGAAUGCUAUGCGAAUAUUGCGGCCCUACAGCAAGUAGUUCAUCAAUACCAUGUGGAGGACUUCAGCAAAGUAAUGGGAAGGACCCAAAAGAUUCUUAUAGUAGCCAUGGCAACUUGUAAUCAACUAAAUAUACUACUAAACUAUGGACGCCUUGGACUUAUCUAUAACGAGAUACAGGAUCUGGAUAUAAGGAUAGAUAGUGCUUCAAAGGGUUUUAGUGGACAGAGGCACUGGUGGAGCUUCCGACUCCGAUUGGCACUUUCCAUUGGCAUGUGGAUGGUGAUCAUCAUAGGUGUUAUACCACGACUAACUCUUGGACGCACUGGACCCCGCUUUCAUUGGGCAAACCAAGUACUCACCCAGAUCAUUCUUAUAAUGCUUCAACUCAAAGGUCCUGAGUACUGUCUGUUCGUUCUGCUGGUUUAUGAACUGAUUCUAAGAGUGCGCCAUGUCCUUGAGCAGAUAAAGGCUGAUCUGGAGGACUUCGACUGCGGUGCCAGGAUGCAGGAGCUGUGUGUCUGUUUGAAGCGGAACCAGUUGCUCAUGGGACGAAUCUGGAGAUUGGUGGGUGAGAUCGGAACAUAUUUCAAAUGGUCCAUGACGCUGCUCUUUCUCUACAACGGACUGACCAUUCUGCACAUUGUCAACUGGGCUAUCAUUAGAUCCAUCGACCCAAACGAUUUUUCUCAGUUCAGUCGAUUGGGAUCUAUUACUUUUCUGUCGAUCAAUCUGCUGCUGGCCUGCUUUUAUAGUGAGUGUUGCGUAAAAACUUACAAUAGCAUAUCACACAUUCUGCAUCAAAUAGGAUGUUUGUCUGCAGCUGAAGAAUUUCAAAUGCUUAAAAUGGGCCUAAAGGAAUACUGUCUGCAAAUGCAGCAUUUGAAGCUCCUAUUCACGUGUGGAGGCUUAUUUGACAUCAAUCUCAAGUUAUUUGGAGGGAUGCUGGUUACCAUAUGUGGUUACAUUAUUAUUUUAGUUCAAUUCAAAAUUCAGGAUUUUGCUCAGAUGAGUGACAGACAAAAUACUAGCGAUACGCCACAGUAA